AUGGAUUAUUUACUUUCAUUUUUCAGUUAUUGUUUACCAUGUUUUCCAAAUUUAUCAAUACCAUCCAUCAAAAUAAAUAAAAUAAAAUUUAAAAUACUUAAAUUAUUAGGUGAAGGUAGUUAUUCAUUUGUUUAUUUAAUUUUACAACAAUCAUCAGCAAGAUCAUUGGCUUCUUCUACUCAACAAUAUUCUUCUUCUUCAUUAUUUGCAUUAAAAAAAAUUAAAUGUCUUUAUGGUAAUCAAGAUGAAAUUUAUAAGAAACUGUUGAUUGAAAUUUCAAAUUAUAAGAAAUUUGAAAAAUUAAAAAACCCACAUUUAAUUAAUAUGAUAACUUAUGAAAUUUUAAAUGAUUAUGAUGGUUCAAAAAGUAUUUAUAUUGUGUUACCAUAUUUUGAAAAUAGUUUACAAGAUAAGAUUAAUAAUCAUUUAUUAAAUAAUGAGACAUUUUAUGAUGAAAGUGAUGGAAUUGAAAUUUUAAAAAUAUUUAUCGGAAUUUGUCGAGGUGUAAGUGUUUUACAUAAUUAUAAAUCAAAAGUAAGAAAAAAAAGGAGGGUGAAGAAUAGUUCAAAUGUUUUUGAUCAAACUACACCAGAAACUGAAACAUUACUAAAUGAUGAUGAGAAUGAAAUACAAGUGGGAAGUAAUGAAGUUCAAGGUAUUCUGGAUGAUAAUGAUGAUGAUAAUGAUGAUGAUGAUGAUGAUGAAGAUGAUGAUGAAGAUUUUGGAAAUGAAAGUCAACGUAAUAGUUUUAAUUUAAACUCACUAGUUGAGCCAUCACCUUAUGGUCAUUUUGAUUUAAAACCAUCGAAUAUAAUGAUGUCACCAGAAGGAUUACCAGUAGUCAGUGAUUUAGGUAGUUGCAAACCAGCGCGAACAAUUAUAAAAAAUAAACAACAAGCGUUGAACAUGACUGAUUUUGUUCAACAAUAUUGCUCAUUACCAUAUAGAGCACCAGAAUUAUUCCAAAUUGAUAUUAAUCAAGAAAUUGAUGAGUCUGUUGAUAUUUGGUCAUUAGGCUGUAUAUUAUAUUCAAUAUUAUUCAAUUAUUCACCAUUUGAAAAAUUGGAAAUUGAACAAGGAGGUAAUUUGAGUUUUAUUAUACAGAAAGGUAAAUUUGAGAUACCAAAAAUCAAUGAUGAUAAUGAUAAUGAUAAUCACAAGUACUCACAAGGUUUAAUAAAAUUAAUUCAAAAUUGUUUAAAAAUCAAUGCAAAAGAAAGGCCAAAUAUAAAUGAAUUACUAGAAUCAAGUUUAAAAUUGUUGAGGAAUCAAGAAGAAAAUUAG